AUGACGGCUCAAGUCAGUAAGGAAGUUGGGCCCCAUGUGAACCCUAAUGUGAGCACUAUGGCUUCUAGAUUGAGGGAUUUUGUGAGGACAAGUCCUCCGGUGUAUCUUGGUUCCAAGAAUUCAAGGGCUAAGAUGAACCAAUUCAUGAUGGGAGUAUCUAAAUUAGUAGAAAAUGAAUGUCGUGUGGCAAUGCUUAUAGAUGAUAUGGAUAUCUCACGUCUUAUGAUUUUUUCCCAACGAAUAGAAGAGUUAAAACUUAAGAAGGAAUCUAAGGAGAAAAAGAGGUCUACAUUGGAUGAUGAUGAGCCCUUGGAUGAUGAGUCUGAUGGACAUGAUCGCCCUAAGUUUAGACAAAAGUUCCCCGAGCAAGGUCCCUCAAGUACUUCUAAGUUCAACCAAAAGAGGGUGUCUAACCCAAAGUCUCAAGAAGAAGGUAGUGAAAUUCUAUUACCGGGAUGUCUUGAGUGUGAUAGGAGCCAUGAGGGUGAAUGCUUAGCGUGCUCUAAUAUUUGUUUUGGUUGUGGUGAUUUGGGCCACAAGAUAAGGCAUUGCCCUAAGAUUGCUAGAAAUGAAAAAGAUAGUCGUCGUAGGUCCCAACCCUACCCUUCCUCCGGUCCACUUGGUUUGGGUGGCAAGGCUCCAAGGAAGAAUAGAUCUUAA